AUGGGCACCCCAGAGAGAGAAUGCUUCGUUGAGACUGUGUUUAACUACCUCCUGGAUUCGAGGAGCCUAGAAAACCUGCAAUUCCUGCUGGCAGAAGAGGAAACUUGGAAACAGUUCGUGGCAGGAGUUGAUUUGUCCAGGGAAGAGGAAGCUGUCUUGGGAGAAGCUCUUGCUGAGAUCUUGGCAGAUCCUGAUGAAGAAGAUGAAGAACAGCUCCAAAAUGACCUGCAGGACAAGAAUGAGAGGAAAGAGGACGAUGCCUUGAGUGAAGCCCCUGGUGAGACUGUAGCUGAUGCUGAUGCAGGAGAUGAAGAGGAGCUAUCUGAUGCUGAUGCAGAAGUUGAAGAGGAGCUAGCUGAUGCUGAUGCAGAAGAUGAAGAGAAGAUACAAAGUGACCUGUGGCACAAGCAAAGGUUCUUGGAUGUUUAUCCUCGGGUGAAACUGGAACUCGAGGAGCGCAUCAGGAAGCUCCAUGCCCUGGCAGACAAGGUUGACAAGGUGCACAGGGACUGCACCAUCUCACAGGUGGUGGCCAGCUCUACCGCUGCUGUGUCUGGAGUGCUGACAAUCCUUGGUCUGACUCUGGCACCUGUGACAGCAGGAGUCAGUCUGGCACUGUCAGCCACUGGCUUGGGGCUGGGGACAGCUGCAGCUGUGACUAGUGUUUCCACAAGCAUUGUGGAAAAGGUAAGCGUGGUGUCUGCUGAGGCUGAAGCCAGCAAGCUGGUACCAACCAACAAAGACACAGUGAAGGAAAUAAAAGACAUUUUGGAUCAGGGUGGCCCCAGACUUGUUUCCUUAUCCAAGAAUUCCUUCAAGAACCUGGAAAACAUCAAGAAAAAUAUUCAGGCCAUCAAACUGGCCAAAGCAAACCCUCACCUAGCAAUUAAUGCCAAGCGUCUCAUGACAACAGGGAUGAUAUCUGCCGGAAAGACUAAACAGGUGCAGAAAGCCUUUGGAGGUACAGCUCUGGCCAUGAGGAAAGGAGCCCGGAUCACGGGUGCAGCCACCGCAGGUAUCUUCUUCCUGCUAGAUGUGAUCAAGCUUGUGGAAGACUCAAAGCAUUUGCAUGAGGGUGCUAAGUCAGAGUCUGCUGCAGAGCUCCGGCAACAAGCUUGGGACUUCGAGCAGAAGUUGCAAGAGCUCAAACAGGUUCAUGACACCCUGAUGCAGUGACCUCUUCCUCUUCAGUGCAGCUCAGAGGACUGGGGCCGGAGUGUGCUGGACAGAACCAUGAACACAUGGGAGCCCCUGACUGUAUCCCCUUCACAGCAGUGUCUGCUAAAGGGAGGAGGCACAUUAAGAGACAGGAAGCAAGAACACAAAUGGGACAGUCUCAUGAUCUCUUACCAGACUCCAGCUCUUAGAUCCAACAACUUCUCAACUUCCCAACUAAGAACCAAGCUCCCGAGCUGGGCCCCCAUCCAAGUCCUGACUGAGCCACAGCACAGCUGCUCCUGAGCUAUGCCCACCACACUGCUCCCAGCUGUGGCUCACCAUCCUCACCGUCCACUGAGCUGUCAAUCUUCCCACCGCUUGUUGAUUGGUGGCACAAAGACCUUCUCCUCUUUUCUUCUUCUGCCUAAUUGUGUGUUUUCCCAGAUA